AUGGCACAGGCACACGAAUUGUCGGACAUUUUGAAGAAUGCUUCGUUAGAUCUAAGUCCGUACGAAGAUCUGUACAAGUACUUCCACGCCAAUCCCGAACUUUCGCGGCAAGAAAAAUCAACAUCAGAAAAAAUCGCGGCCCAUCUGUCUGCGCUAAAAGCAUAUGAAAUCCACACAAAUAUCGGUGGCUACGGUCUAGUAGGAGUACUCAAAAAUGGCGUUGGAAAAACCAUUCUUCUCCGCGCAGAUAUGGAUGCACUCCCAGUCAAGGAGCUCACUGGCCUCCCAUACGCAAGCUCGAUCACCAUGAGUGAUGCCGAAGGUGUCGAAAAACCAGUGAUGCAUGCAUGUGGACAUGACAUGCACAUAACAUGUCUUCUCGCAGCGGCCGAACUUCUUGCAAAUACUCAACAUGCAUGGAGCGGAACGCUGAUUGUAUUGUUUCAGCCGGAUGAGGAACGCGGCGGUGGUGCGCAGGCUAUGGUUGACGAUGGACUUUAUUCCAAGAUUCCUGUUCCGGAUUAUUGUUUUGGGCAGCAUGUGAUGCGUAUGCGUGCGGGGACUAUUGGGUCACGUCCUGGGACGAUUAUGGCGGCUGCUGAUAGUAUGAAGGUGACUGUCUUUGGGCGUGGUGGCCAUGGAUCAUUGCCUCAUCAGACGGUAGAUCCUGCUCUUCUAGCUGCGCACAUUGUGGUUAGAUUGCAGAGCAUCGUGAGCAGGGAAAUUGACCCGACUGACCUAGGGGUCGUAACUGUCGGAAGUCUACAAGCCGGACAGACCGAGAAUAUCAUUGCGGAUCGGGCCGAAAUCGGGCUUGAUUUUAGAACAGUCAAACUGGAGACUCGGGAGAAGAUUCUAUCUGCUAUUCGACGUAUCGUCGAGGCAGAAUGUAUGGCCAGCGGUUCACCGAAACCACCGAUUUUCACCCCAACACGUCGAUUUCCGCCUACAAACAAUGACAGGGACGUUGCAUCUAAAUUAGCUGCGUCCUUUGAAACACACUUUGGGGACUCUUUUGAUGGAGAUAUAUCGCGAUCGAAUGUCGCCGAAGACUUUUCUACGCUGGCAACUAGCAAGGGUGUUCCAUCAUGUUUUUGGUUCCUUGGAGGCAUUGACCCUGAUCUUUGGGAUAGAGUGUCGAAAGAAGAGAAUCCGACAGAGGAGAUACCGACGAACCAUUCAGCCUUUUUUGCACUUGUUAUACAGCCGACAAUGAAAGCUGGAGUGGAUGCUCUUUGUAUCGCAGCUUUGACGUUUUUGAGGAAAUAA